CCCAACUACUUCCUAUAGUUCGAGCUUGCUAGUAAUUUCACGUGACUUUUAAUGACACAGGUCUUUUAGCUGGGCGGGAUCUGUCCGCUAUUGUCUUAGUGUUCAACGAUUUCACAAAGUAAAGGAGAAACAUUAUAAGAAUAUCUGAGAAUAUCAGUUGCAGAACAAGACAAUGUCUGACACCACUGAGAACCAAACCUCAGACCUUCCUGAUGCACACGGAGGACAUCUAGCGGAAAACUCGGGCACUGGGCUAUUAAAUGUGAAGGAAGAGGAUGAGACAGAUGACAGGAAUAGUCAUCAGACUGAAAUACAUUGGUCCCUCCCUGCCGAUGAAGAUAACACUGAUAUAGUGAAAGUUGAGAUAACAGAAGAUCUGUGUGUGAGGCAACGGCUGGGAGCUCCAAAUAAGGAAAUCGGUAACCGUACCAGCCUAGAUGCUGAUAACAUUGAUAUAGUGAAAGUUGAAAUAACAGAAGAUCUGUUUACGCAUGAUCAGGUGAAGACUGAAGAGGAUGAAGUUCCUAUAAAUACGGCUACAGGUGAAUUCCCAAACUGCAAUACAUCUAGUCAUGGUCAGAGUGCCGAUAUUUCUUUGAAUUUUCUUCAAACUCAAAGCAGCCAAGUAGGAAAUUUAUGUUCUGAAUAUGGGAAAUGUUUUACUCUGAAAUCAACUCUUAUUAACCCUCAAGAAAUUCAUACAAGGGAGAAAGCAUUUUCAUGUUCUUACUGUGGAAAAUGUUUUACUCUAAAAUCAAAUCUUACAAAGCAUCAGAAAAGUCAUACAGGAGAGAAGCCAUUUUCCUGUUCUCAAUGUGGGAAAUGUUUUACUCGGAAAUCAACUCUUAUUCAGCAUAAGACAAUUCAUACUGGAGAAAAAGCAUUUUCAUGUUCUGACUGUGGGAAACGUUUUACUAGGGAAUCAACUCUUAUUCAUCAUCAGAAGAUUCAUACAGGAGAGAAGCAAUUUUUCUGUACUGACUGUGGGAAAUGUUUUAUUCGGAAAUCAACUCUUAUUUAUCAUCAGAAACUUCAUACAGGAGAGAGAGGAUUUUUAUGUUCUGUUUGUGAGAAAUGUUUUCUUUUGAAAUCAGAUUUUAUUAGGCACCAGAAAAUUCAUACAGGAGAGAAAGCAUUUUUAUGUUCUGACUGUGGAAAAAGUUUUACUCUGAAAUCAAAUCUUAUUUCACAUCAGAAAGUUCAUACUGGGGAGAAGCCAUUUUCCUGUUCUGAAUGUGGCAAAUGUUUUAGUCGGAAAUCAACUCUUGCUCAGCAUCAGACAAUUCAUACAGGAAAGAAAUCAUUUUCAUGUUCGGACUGUGGGAAAUGUUUUACUCUGAAACCAUAUCUUAUUAGUCAUCAGAGAAUUCAUACAAGAGUGGAAGCAUUUUCAUGUUCUGAAUAUGGAAAAUGUUUUACUCAGAAGUCAAAUCAUAGUCCUCAUCAGAAAAUUGAUAUUAAAGAAAAUAAUGGAAGUUAGAGCUUAACCUCUUAAGUUCAGAGAGUGCCACAUAGUCAUCAUCCGCACUAUGCCUAGAGUACAGAUGAUGACUACAUGUUGUCUGAGGGGUGCACUUUUGGAGCUGUUUAAUUCCCCCUCUGCAUCUUAAAUGGUUAUAAGUUGGCCUAGUGUAUUCAUCAUUCCUGGGAGAGCCCCCAUGUGUAGAUCAAAGUUAUAUAAAUAAAUCCAAAGGCCUAUAUUUGUAUGUUGAUAAACCCCUCUUUGAAACUUAGGUACUGUUGAGGGCAUUAUAGUCAGGUGAUUGCUCAGGUGACAACAUUCCCUAGUGGGAAUUUAGAUUGACCAGUUGUUUAGGUGUACAGGAUGAGCGCCUACAUUAUCAAAAGUGUAAGAGGCCCCCCAAAAACCCUUGUCGGGAUGAGCCCUCCUGGUUGCAUAAAAUGCAUUGUGCAGAAACAAAUAAAAAAUACAGAUUUUUACUUUUGAUUUUCAAUUGAUAUUUUUAUAGAAAAGCAAUGAAGUUUAAAUUGAUUAUAUAAAUGAUACCUUGUAUGAAGUUGUAAACAAUUGAGACAAUGCAAUAUAAUUGUCAUGUUGCGAAAUGAUGUAAAUGUAGUUUUUUUUAUAUGUUUAAUUUUGGGUAUUAAAACUACUUUGCACAAUA